UGUAGUUAGAGUAGAGUAUAAAAAAGCUGAAGAUUAUAAUUUUACAUCCAUUAGCUUAGAUUAUUAUUUACGUGAUAAGUCUAAUACAGUACAUUUUAUGUAAAGAAGAAAAAUCUGUGUUUUGUCUAAUAUAUAGUUUACUUACGUUUAUUCACAAUUAAGAAUUUUGACGAGUGCGCGAGUGGAAAGUAGUAGAACACUGGACAGCCGCAGUUGGUCGCAGUCCACACCCGCAGAUCGCAGUGAAUUUAUAGACACAGUUUAAGACUAAGGAACAGUAGUUCGCUUAAAUAUUUGCUAGUCAUAUUAAUCAGCUGUGUUCAAUAUAAUGUCGCAUUUACUUACGAAAAGCGGUUUAUCACAGGAUGAGAAACUCCUAAUGCCAUUCACAUAUAUCCAACAAGUGCCAGGAAAGCAGAUAAGAGCUAAAUUAACUGUAGCCUUUAAUUAUUGGCUUCGGGUGAGUGAUGAAAAGUUAAAGGCUGUUGGAGAGAUUGUUCAAAUGCUGCACAACUCCAGUUUACUUUUGGAUGACAUAGAAGACAAUUCAAUUCUGAGGCGAGGCAUUCCAGUAGCACAUUCUAUAUACGGAGUGGCUAGUACAAUUAACGCAGCCAAUUAUGUUAUGAUAGUUGCACUUGACAAGACAUUGAAAUUAGGGCACCCUUUGGCAACUACGGUAUACACUGAACAGUUACUAGAACUACAUCGUGGUCAAGGUAUGGAGAUUUACUGGAGAGAUAAUUUUCAGUGCCCUUCUGAGGACGAAUAUAAAGAGAUGACUAUGAAAAAGACGGGAGGUCUAUUUAUGCUGGCCAUUCGAUUGAUGCAGCUCUUCUCCGAGAACAAGUCGGACUUCAGCCGACUCUCAUCUAUCCUUGGCCUUUACUUUCAGAUUAGAGAUGAUUACUGUAAUCUCUGUUUGCAAGAGUACUCCGAGAAUAAAAGCUACUGUGAAGAUCUGACGGAAGGCAAAUUCAGUUUUCCGGUCAUUCACGCGAUCCGAAACCAGGAAGGCGACAAUCAAGUAUUGCACAUUCUCCGUCAACGCACCCGUGACGUGGAAGUGAAGCGGUACUGCAUCAAACUGCUGGAGAAAUGUGGUAGCUUCCAGCAUACCAGAGAUACCCUUAUUGCGCUGGACCGAGAAGCAAGGGCUGAGGUGGCCCGUUUGGGAGGAAACCCGCAUUUAGAAGAACUACUCGAUGAGCUUCUAAGUUGGCAGUCAAACAAAAAAUAGAAAAUAUGUGUAACACAGCAACCAAAUUGUUAACAAUUGAAGGUAAAUCAAUUUUAUUUAGGCAAAUUUAGAUUUGCUAGCAGUUGCUUAAAUUUUUUAUAGUCUUAGAUUUUGACGAAAAAAUAUAUAAUGAUGAUAAGAAAAUGGAACCGCGCAAUUCAUCAAAAUAAAAAUUGCGAAAGACAUGAAAAUUGUGUUUGUGUAUAAGUUUUUGCAAUACAUAUUUGAAAUUAUUUUUUGUAAUAAAAAUUUCACGAUCUUUCACAGCACAAACGAACGAACAAUAAUAAAUAAUUGCUUAAAGAAAAUUAACAUUAAUUUUUUUAUUGCAAUUUGUUUUGACAACUUAAGUAUUCGGUUUUGACAACCGUUUCGUUCUGUCUUUUCAAUAUUUUCGUUAUUUUAGAGACAAAUUAAGACUUAAAAAAUGUGUAUUUUUAAUUCUUAGUAAAAUUAUGAUAGUUGUUUUUUAAUGACUGAAAUCGCAAAUAUUCUCAAGUUGACGAGCUUAAUGUGAGAAUAACGGAGCGUUUAUAUAGAACUCGGAAAAAGCAGGUUCCAUAAGAUCUACUAACGAAUGUAAUGUUAAGUUCGUUAUCAAUAAAUUAUUUACUUAAUAAGUACUUAAAAUACUUUUGUCAUUAACUACUAGUUUACAUAAUAUACUAGUCACGAGAAAGUUGCUUUAGCAUACAUUCCGUUAAUUUUAACCUAAAAUUUAAUUGUUAAAACAAAAACUAAGCGCCAAUAGUAGUGUACUCUGACACUUCAAUAGCGUUUCCGACUUUUAAUCUUUAGUUAAUGUAAUCGUUUUUAUAUUGUAUCUUUGUCUUUCGUUUUUGACACAAAUUGAGUCGAUUAUAAUCCCUUACAGAGUACAGGCCCUGCUUUCCUAUUAAUGUCUCAGUGUACUGAAAUAUUCUAAGUGUCUUAAUAUGGACCUCUAAUAGUGCCUAAAAGAAAUUCUGAUUCUACCUUUAAGAUGAACUUACCUUUUUGACUUGGCGGCAAAAUACUAUAAAAAAUUAAUUUCGGAUCAAAUAAAUAAAUAGUAUUUUCGUUUCAUUUGACUUUGAUUACAUAUUUUCAACUAGUGAAGUUUCAUAAUUGUUUACAGUUUAUAAAUUGUCAUGUUUGUCUUACAAAAGAUAAUUAAUUACGGUGCCUAACGUAACGCCGUUAUAACGAUUAUAAUAGGGGUAGAAUUUAGUGCGAAUAUGACUUUUACUAGCCAUGAACGCGUUUACCUUAAGACUACCUAAAAUUAAGAAUGGAUUAGACAUUUUUUUUAAUAAAGCGUGAAUUGUGAAUCUCUAAAAUCUUAAAGUACUAAAAUUUUGUUACCUAUUUUAAUUUUGGUUUUUAUUAUCAGGCCACAUCGUGUUUGUUUUAAGCAGCAGUAUUAUGCGGUUUUUAUAAUUUUGUUUUUAACGCAUAAUACAUAUAGUGUCGUACGAUAAAUUUCCUUAAAUAAAAUGAAUUUAAGUACAUUAAUCUAGAUGGUAGAAACUAGUACUUAGUUAUCUAUGGCAUUUAUAAGCUUGAUGGAAAAUUUUGAUUAAUUAAGUGUACGUGCUCUAACGUGCGGUGCGUUACCAUGGUAACACAAUCGGCCGCCAUUUUGGAAUAAUUUGUUCAAGCUGUACCAAAGACAGAUUUUUAAAGAUUGUUAUUUCUCUUGGGCUUAUUUUUAAUACGUGCAAUUAUAGAUAAUGGUAGUUCAUAAUAAUAGUUUUAACUAUGUUUACUGUUAUUUUUAAAUUUAAUACAGUUUUUUUCACACCACUGUAUAUUUGUUUUAUAUAUUAUAAAAACACAGGAGCAUUACACAACAAUUAAUUUUGAAAUAUUUGUUAUGUAUGUAAAAUUUCUUAAAAAUAUUUUACAUACAAAACUGGAUUAGUAACAAUUAUUAACAGACAUUUACUCGUCAUACUUGAAAUUCAUACUAAAUGUUCUAAGCUAAAAGUAUGAGAUUGACUUGAAGUAUGAGAAGUUUUAAUAAAAAAACUAUUGUUAUUAUAUAAAUUAUUAGAUUAAAUCGCUCAAAAUUGAUAAUAACUGUUUCUUUUAUCAUAUAUUUUAAGAUAUUUAAAGCUGUGUGAUUACCUAUACAAGGCAAAUUACCAAUAUUAUAUAUGUUAUCUCAUACGCUAUUAUUUAAAGCGUAUUUAUUAUACUAACUCGACGUUCAAAUUUAUUUUAAUAUUAGGCUUAAUAAUUAGCCUAAAUAUUAAUGUAAAUAAUUGAAUAAAUCGCAUUUAUAUCCGUAAAAACGUUUAUAUAAUCGCGUAUGAGACACGCGAUGUAGCAUAUUUUCCUGCGUAUGAAAUAGAAUAAAAAAAACCUUGAAAAGGAAAAUGUUGCUUUUAGAUAAUGUUAAUUAUUAUUGCUUAGCAAAAUUAAAUUGCUUUGUUUUUGUUGUAUUUAACAGUUUAAAAAUGCUUUUACUUAAUACUGACAGAUGUCAUAAUGACAAUAAAAAAGUGUGUAUCUUAGUAAUUCAAUUAAAUGAUAUGCUAGUGAAA